AUGGCGGAAAGUGUUUCCUAUGAAAAUAACGGACAGUAUGACAAUCUCAGAACUUCCCUGCCGGUUCCUAUGUUCUCACGUAGUGACUUCAACAUCUGGUCAGUACUGAAGAAUUGUAUCGGUAAAGAGCUAAGCAAAAUCACGAUGCCCGUCGUUUUUAACGAACCGCUAAGCUUUCUCCAGCGUAUGACAGAGUACAUGGAGUAUGCCAAACUGUUGCGGAUAGCCUCAGAGCAGCCAGAUCCGGUCGAGCGGCUCAAGUACGUGUCGGCAUUCGCCGUUUCUGCACUGGCUUCAAACUGGGAGCGGCUGGGAAAACCGUUCAACCCGCUGUUAGGCGAGACGUACGAACUGACACGGCCGGAUUUUCGAAUCAUUUGUGAACAGGUUUCCCACCACCCACCGAUUUCGGCAUUCCAUGCAGAUUCCGACAGUUUCUCAUUCCACGGAUCAAUUCACCCUAAGCUAAAGUUCUGGGGUAAAAGCGUGGAAAUCCAACCGAAGGGAACGGUGACGGUGGAGUUCCCGAAGCUUGGUGAGGCGUACUCUUGGUGCAACGUAAACUGCUGCGUGCAUAAUAUCAUUGUGGGAAAACUGUGGAUCGAGCAGUACGGUGUGAUGGAUGUUUUCAGCCACAAACAUGGGCUGAAGGCGACGCUCAACUUUAAGACUGCCGGCGUGGGAAAUAAGGACCUGCAUCGAGUUGAGGGGUUUAUAUCGGAUAGAAAUAAGCAUAAAACACAUUUCUUGUACGGUAAGUGGACAGAAUUCAUCAAAUGUACCGACUACGCUUCUUAUGAGGAGUACUGCAAGGAGAAUGGUCACAAGUUCAAAAGGCCUGAUGAACGAAGCAAAAGUCCCAACGAAUCCCCUGGAACUACCCCACGGAAAGUGUUCUCCAAGUUGAACAGUCUCAAAAUGAGCUCAUUCAAGAGUUUAUCGAUAUCGGAGCCUGAUGACCCUCCAGAACUCAGCGGCGAUGGAGACAUCCCGAAAAGCGAUUCUACCUACUCGAUAGACAUCCCCAACUCAGUCGCUCUGUGGGAAGCGGAACCGCGACCGGGUAAUACGGCAGAUUACUACCAGUUUACCAACUUCGCCAUGUCGUUGAACCAAAUGGAGGACCAUAUGAAACGGCGAGGAAUCUGUCCGACAGACUCGCGGCUGCGACCGGACAUUCGAAAGCUCGAGCAAGGUGAUAUGGACGGAGCGGCAGCGGAGAAGACGAGAUUGGAGGAGAAGCAACGGGAAAAUCGUAAGAAGUGUAAAAAAGCGGACGAGGCGCUCUUUCCGAGAUGGUUCAAGCAAACGAUAAACCCGCAUACUAAACAAGACGAUUGGCUUUACCAGGGCGGAUACUGGGAACGAACCGAUGAUACAAUGGUGAUGGACAUUUUCUAA